GGGCCUUUGAGGCCCUAGUGGAACCCGUCAAUGGAAAAUUCAAUGACAACAGCUGGCAUGACGUCCGUGUCACAAGGAAUCUUCGGCAGUUGACGGGAUUCUCACUUCAACUGGAUACACUCAAGAGGAUUACACCAUGCUGGGGAGCGAUGACUUCUUUUAUAUUGGUGGCAGUCCAAACACAGCGGAUCUUCCAGGGUCUCCUGUCAGUAAUAACUUUAUGGGAUGCCUUAAGGAUGUUGUAUACAAAAAUAAUGACUUCAAACUAGAGCUAUCCCGCCUUGCUGCUGAUGGUGAUUCAAAGAUGCGACUAAGUGGGGAACUUCUCUUCCGUUGUGAAAAUGUUCCUUCAUUGGAUCCUGUAACAUUUCAAGUUCCUGAAGCCUUUCUACGUCUUCCUCGAUGGGAGACCAAGAAAGCUGGAUCAAUAUCUUUUGACUUUAGGACCACAGAGCCCAAUGGUCUUCUACUUUUCAGUCAGGGAAGGCCACGCACUGGGGGUGGCCCAGCACAAGCUGUUCCUGGAUCAGUGGCCACUGGUAGGCCGGAAAGACCACCAAAAGCAGAUUACUUUGCAGUAGAGUUACUUGAGGGCACACUGUAUCUACUGCUUGAUCUUGGUUCUGGAGGAAUUAAAGUGAAAUCAAGUCACAAAAAGGUCAAUGAUGGAGAGUGGUGCCAUGUUGACAUCCAGAGAGAUGGCAGGAAAGGUUCUAUCUCAGUUAAUAGUAGAAACACACCCUUCCAGGUUGGCGGUGAUAGUGAAAUUCUUGAUCUCGAUGGAGACAUGUACUUAGGAGGUCUUCCAGAACCAAGAGAAGAUCUUCAGCUUCCCCCUGAAGUCUGGACAGCCUCCCUUGGCUUCGGAUUUGUUGGUUGUAUUCGGGACCUUUUUGUUGAUGGCAAAAGUAGAGACAUUCGACGGCUAGCUGAAAUAUCAGGGGCUGCAGGUGUUGCUCCCUUCUGUACUAAAGAAACCCAGCGCCACUGUACAAAUUCCCCUUGUAGAAAUGGAGGUCAAUGUAGGGAAGGCUGGAACCGUUUUAUCUGUGACUGUGUGGGGACAGGAUACCUUGGGGACACAUGUGAGAGAGAAGCAGCAGUCCUGAGCUAUGAUGGCAGCAUGUACCUCAAGGUCCUGCUUCCUGGUGUUACACACACAGAAGCAGAGGAUGUCUCUUUACGUUUUAUGUCCCAGCGAGCUUAUGGCCUUCUUCUGGCAACUACCUCCAAAGAGUCUGCAGACACACUCCGACUAGAACUUGAUGGAGGAAAAGUGAAGCUCACAGUAAACUUAGACUGUUUACGGAUAGUAUGCGGGCCCAGUAAAGGUCCAGAGACUUUGUAUGCUGGCCAAAAGCUAAAUGACAAUGAAUGGCACACAGUGCGAGUACUGCGCAGAGGGAAAUACCUUCAGCUCAGCGUGGACAAUGUCACUGUAGAAGGACAUAUGGCUGGUGAUCACACUCGACUAGAGCUUCACCACCUCGAAACAGGCAUAAUGACUGAACGCCGUUUCCUUUCAGCCCCACCUUCAAAUUUCUUGGGUCACUUAACAGCUCUUCGUUACAAUGGUGCCCCGUAUCUUGACUUAUGUCAGGAUGGUGAAUUAGGCAGACGUUGUGAACUCAAUGCUCGUGCCGGUGGUCUUCGUCCACUGUUAGCUGAUCCUGUAGUCUUUCGGUCUGGACCAGCCUACCUUGCCCUUCCGCGACUUCAAGCUUAUGCUUCUAUGCAUCUUCUCUUCAUGUUUCGAGGUCGACACCCAGAUGGACUUCUACUUUACAAUGGAGGUCAGGGGCCGGACUUUAUUGCUGUGGAGCUGGUGAAAGGGUAUAUACAUUAUGUCUUCGACCUCGGGAAUGGCCCUUCCUUGAUGAAAGGCAAUUCAGAACGACCGCUGAAUGAUAACCAAUGGCACAGUGUUGCUGUUUCAAGAGAUCCAGGAAAUGCGCACACUCUAAGAAUCGAUGGAAGAACAGUCACACAGCACUCUACAGGGGCAAGCAAUCUAGAUCUAAAGGGUGAACUAUAUAUUGGUGGGCUCCCUAGAAAUAUGUACGCCACUCUACCAAAGCUAGUAGCAUCUCGAGAUGGUUUUCAAGGCUGUCUUGCCUCUGUGGAUCUCAAUGGUCGCCUCCCUGAUCUCUUGGCUGAUGCUCUCCAUCGAGUAGGCCCUGUGGAUAGAGGAUGUGAUGGUCCCAGCACCACAUGCUCAGAGGAGUCCUGUGGCAAUCUUGGUGUAUGUCUACAACAAUGGGAUGGCUUCAUAUGUGACUGCACUAUGACCUCCUAUGGAGGACCCGUCUGCAAUGAUCCUGGUACCACAUAUAUAUUUGGUAAAGGGGGAGCGCUCAUUACAUACACCUGGCCGCCAAAUGAUCGACCUAGUACAAGAGCUGACAGACUUGCAGUUGGCUUCACCACACAGCAGAAGGAUGCAGUUUUACUUCGAGUGGACAGUGCUUCUGGUUUGGGAGACUACUUGCAGCUUCACAUAGACCAGGGCACAGUGGGCGUGAUUUUUAAUGUGGGCACAGAUGAUAUAACUAUUGAAGAACCAGGGGCCCUGGUGAGCGAUGGGAAGUAUCAUGUGGUCCGAUUUACCCGUAGUGGGGGUAAUGCUACCUUGCAGGUGGACAGCUGGCCAGUCAACGAAAGGUACCCUGCAGGUCGGCAGCUCACCAUCUUCAACAGCCAGGCGGUCAUCAAGGUUGGAGGAAAGGACCAAGGACGUCCAUUCCAGGGUCAAAUAUCAGGCUUGUAUUACAAUGGCCUAAAAGUGCUGUCCCUCGCUGCAGAGAGUGACCCCAAUGUCAGGACAGAAGGCAAUCUAAUGCUUGUUGGUGAAGUUCCAUCAGUCAUGACCACAGAGACUACAGCCACUACACUUUUGGCUGACAUGUCUACCACCAUAAUGGAGACAACUACGACCAUGGCCACCACAACUACAAGGAAAGGGAGAUCCCCAACUAUGAGAGACAGCAUCACACAGAAUUCUGAUGACCUACUUGUAGCCUCGGCUGAGUGUCCCAGUGAUGAUGAAGAUUUGGAAGAAUGUGAGCCCAGCACUGCAAAUCCUACAGGCUCAGGGGAGAAAGGGUCCCCAGGAGCAGUGGAAGUUAUCAGGGAGUCCAGCAGCACAACAGGAAUGGUUGUGGGAAUCGUGGCAGCAGCUGCUCUUUGCAUCCUCAUUCUCCUCUACGCAAUGUACAAGUACAGGAACAGGGAUGAAGGGUCCUACCAGGUGGACCAAACCCGGAACUACAUCAGCAACUCAGCACAGAGUAAUGGUGCUGUGGUUAAAGAAAAGACAGCACCUGCCACUAAAACAGCUGGUAAGAGUAAGAAAAAUAAGGACAAGGAGUAUUAUGUGUGAAACUAUAAUAUGGACUCUCCCAAAUGUGGGAGUAUGGUUGGGCAACAUCUAACCAGCCAUUUAAUGGAGAUACCAGACUGACCCCAUGCUGUGACCAAUCAUUGACUAAGCAAAAGUGACUAAGCCCCAGGUCAACAGUUGACUGUCACCUUAAUCAACUAUUCAAAUGCUUAAACAACUGCCAACUGUUAAAACCCAAUUACGGGUUAUCCAGACAUUAACCUUUGGUCAGCCAUUUGAAUGUCAAAAUAAGUCAACCUACUGUACUGUAUCUACAGUAAGCAAGGAAGCAUUCAUGGACAAAUCUGCUGUUAUUCAAAAUCAUCUGGCAGUGGAUGAACACUAACCAGUCUUUUACUAUUUGACCAUGAUCUGACCAUCUGUUGAAACAAUCCUGUGUCCAGUCUCUCAACCAAACUUUUUAUUUCAACCUUAAACAGGAAAUUAACCUCUUGCUCAUUCAUGUUCAUUUCUUCCUCUUCCUGUUUUGAGGAAAAACAAGCCAAGAUUCACUGAGCUUUUAGUUUGGCAACUCCUGAAAAUAAAAAAUAAAUAAAAGACCCAAAAACUUGGUUCCUGUCAAAGUAUUGAAGUACUGAGAAAGGGAAUGUAGUAUGCAGAUCUCCUUCCAUGGACAAACAUGCUGAAAUUAGAAGAGAUGGUCAAUAAUAAUCAACUAUAAUCCUUUAACAACGUGGAGCCAUUGAGGGGAGAGGAUGGUAGUGUGUUAAGAAAGCCACUUUUUGAGACAAAGACUCA